CAAAAUGGAAUACUGCAGGCCCGUAGAAUCUUUGUAGAGCAAAAUGGCGCAGAAUCAAGUAAAGAAGAAGAGCAAAUCUGUUAAAGCCACUCACAAGAAGCCAGCGGGUCCCAAGAAAGGAGGAAGGAUUAUUGCACCAAAAAAAUCAAGACAUAUCAAGGCUGCAAAAUUGAAAAAGAACUUUGAGAAGGCAAUCAAAACAAACAUUGAACAAGAACUUGCUGGUCAAGCGACAUCAAAAGAGUCCAAGCCCUUCACUUUUGUCCAAACACCUACUACUGGUACUUCCGGAAAAAAGGGAAAGGGGAAAAAGGGAAAAAAAUAAUUAACUUAGAUUCUAGAGUUUUAGUCCAAAUUGUGACAAGUUUGUACAAAUUAUUUAUGUGCUUGUAGUGUGAUAUUGUACAGUAAACACUUUUGGUGCUCUGUAUUUGAUAAAUCUAAGGGCGCUCAUGCUAAAAAUACAUUUCUUGAAAAUGAAACCAUUGAGAAGUCUUUUUAUCUUAUGAGCCUGGAAAAGAUGGUGUGGUUUCCAAAAACCAAUGGAAUACUGUUUAGUUUAUUUAGUACUAGUACACUGUAAUGUCUUUGUUCUCUUUUGUUCUGGCUUGACUACUACACUUUAACAUUUUGUUGCACUGGAUUUAAAAAAUCAUUCUACCAAUUUAAAAAGUGAUUGUUCACAGGAAUUCUGUAGUAUAAAAUGCUUAUUGAAGUCGUAACCCACAUUUUACCAUGGACAAAGCAAAAAUGGCAAAAUCAAUUUCUGAAAGUCGUGCAGAUGUUUGGAGGUGCAUAAGAAUAGGAGGGGACCUGUGUUUUAAUGGUCUUGAUUUUAUUCUCCUAUGUUGUCUCAGCUCCUGUACCUCACUAGUCCAUGCACUUGUCCUGAGGAUAUUUUUCUAGGUGUUUUAAUAAAAAAAUGACCUAGA